AUGUCUGUCGCUCGAUCGAUAUCGGACGCUGAGUGGGAGGUGCAUAAAAAGGAUAUUAGCAGGUUGUAUCAGAACCAACCUCUGAGUACAGUCAUGGCAGUCAUGGAGCAAGAUCACGGCUUUAUUGCAAAGCUACAAUGGAAGCUUUCAAAAAACUCCACGGGUGACAAAUGGAAAUUCGUAGCUCGAAAAUUGGAGAAGCGGAAGCAUGAAGGCAAGGAGAGCGCGACAUAUAUUGAUGGGAAAUUAAUCCCAAAGAAAAAGAUCCGGAGAGAAAUAUCCAGAUAUUGUUCGCUUUCUUCUUCUUAUACUACACUCCAUACAGCCCCGAGUCCGGAACCACUUCCUGGGGUCGAAGUUUGCACGCCAGCAGGAGGGGCGGGCAGGCCUCAAAUUGUAGAUUACCUUCAUAUUCCAUGGUUUGAGUUCGAGAUAUUAUUUCAAUCACAAGCAAUCGAGUUUACGCAGAGACAACCUAGUCGGCAAUAUCCUGCGCUCUCCGCAUGGAACGAUCGAAACUUUCCUGGAUUUCUUGACAACUAUAGCAUAAACUCGCCCGUGCCUCAAAUGCAACUCCCCGAGCAACAAUGGAGCCUCCAUGGCGUCGAAGCAACACCCCAGACAGAUGUCGUGUUCGACUUUUUGUCGGGGAAUUCCGAUCCAUAUUUGAGCACGUCCAUCGAAGCAACGGAUGAAUUUCAAAGUUCACUUACUCCUCAUACCUCUGACGAAGAAGCGCGAUCCAUAUUCGCAAACAUCUUAGGUGAUCCUUAUACUUCACUUGAUGAGAAUAACACUCUAGGGAUUACCUCGCGAUUGGAUGGGAUUCUACCCGAGAGACAAUAUGGAGAGGUCGUACACAAUGUUAAGAAAAUAUUCGACUUGUCAUCGAUGGUCGAUGCGUCACUACAACUUCUACCCUAUGCCAUUUUCCUAUCGUCCAACAAUCUUUUACGCUGUUCACAAAUUGAUAAACUACUAAGGUGGAUGAUUGAAACCGAUCAAUCAUUCCUCAUUGAACGCUUGAUUAGGAUAAAAUCACCAACAGUGGAGAUCUUUCUGUCGCACCUCCUUCUCAGUGCAACGAGAUUGCAGAAUAUUGAUAUGGUGCUUGCUGUUAUCGCUCAAGGGAUAGAUGUCAACACAGCAGCAGGCGAUGAGCCGAAAGUGUCUGCGCUAUAUGAGGCAACGGUGCGCGAGAGUGUGCAUCUCGUUCGACUUUUGUUAAAUGCAGGGGCGAACCCAAACGCAAGUAUUACGUCUAGCCUGACAAGAUCCCCACUACAAGUGGCAGUAUCUUCAAAGAACCAUGAAAUCGUGAAGAUGUUACUCGACGCAGGAGGGGACCCGAAUGUUAUGCCUGGCGGACUCUGGUCCCGAAAGACAUUACUUGCUUCUGCGGCCUCGAGCCAAGAUGCGGCUUUGGUUAAAAUACUUUUGGAAGCGAAGGCAGAGGUGAAUAUGAUGACGCAAUCAUCUGUUACUGCUCUACAAGAAGCUGCCUAUGCAAAUAAUGUAGAGCAUGUUCAGCUUCUUCUCGAUGCCGGAGCUGAUGUCGAUGCUCCAUUCGGAAAUCAGUACCAAACAGCCCGUUUAGCAGCCGCGAAGGAACGCGGCAAGCACCUAGUAUCCUCGAUUCAAUUUGCAGCAUACAACAAUAACAUUGAAAUGGUUCAGAUGCUACUGGACGCAGAUGCGAACGUGGAUGGGUAUGCCCUGGUUGAAGGUGACGCUCAUCCUUAUGGUGAUGAUGAUGAAGAGGACGAUUUCUUCUACAAGUCUCUCCAGACACCGCUUCAACUCGCUGUAUCGAACGAGAAUGGAAUUCUUGUUCGUCUACUACUAUUAUCAGGGGCAGAUGCAAAUGCACAGAAAUUUGGAGAUACGCCUUUGCAAAUAGCUGCACGGAACGAUGAUGUUGCGUUGGUGCGGCUCCUCCUACGGAAUGGCGCCUACGUUAACGCUGCCGCGCGAAAAAAGGGCGGGAGAACUGCCCUCCAGUCUGCUGCAUCUACUGGAAACAACGAUCUGGUACAGAUUUUGCUAGAUGAGGGUGCGGAUGUGAAUGCGCUUCCAGCGUAUGAAAAUGGAAGGACGGCCAUUCAAGCCGCAGCUCAGGGAGGACAUGCUGAAACUCUUCGAAUACUGAGAGAUCUUGGUGCCGACGUAAACGCCAAAGCUAGCCCAAGAGGCGGAAGAACUUGCCUCCAAACAGCCGCUGAGAACAGCGAUACUGAGAUGAUCCGCCUUCUCUUAAGAUUUCGUGCCGAGGUGAACGCGCCAGCUGCCAGUGAAAUGGGAAGGACUGCGCUUCAAGCAGCUGUACAAGGGCACAACAGCGCCGGAGUCGAUGUUCUUCUUAAUGCUGGUGCAGACAUCAACGCUGCACCCAGUAAAUUAAAGGGCAUGUCAGCUCUUUAUGGAGCUGUACGUAACAAUGAUCUAGAACUAAGUCGCCGGCUCCUGGUCACUGGGGAUCCCAACGGGGCAACAAGUCGGCAUUCACCAAUUGUCAAGGCAGCGAAACGUGGGAAUUUCGACCUUGUCAGGUCUCUUAUUGAUGCAGGUGCCGAUGCUAAUGCUCUUGGACAAACACGAAAGCGUCAAUUCGCAUUGCAAGCAGCUGUGGGAGGUGGCAACAUCGAAGUUAUUCGGAUUUUGCUCGAAGCUCAGGUGGAUGUUAAUGCUUCGACCAUCAAAUAUUCUUUAACACCUUUGGAACUUGCAAUUCAAAAAAAUCGAGUGGACAUGGUUCGCCUUCUACUUAAAAAUGGCGCAAGUGUCAAUCCUGCACUAAGUGUUAAGCGUCCUGCAACCACAGCCCUUGGUGUAGCAAUGUCCCGGUUUUCGGUAAAUCUUAUCAUCGUCGAAGAUUUGAUUGAGGCUGGCGCAGACAUUAAUAGAGGAAGUAGCGCCUAUGGCCUACCACUUUAUGCUGCGGCACAUGAUUACUCCUUGACCAAACGUCUAUUGGAUGCCGGAGCAAAUGUGAACGGGCAGUGGCCUGAUUACCCUUCCCCUCUCCAGCGGGCAUGUGCUGGACUCAAUAUCGACACUAUACGACUAUUGCUAGGCGCUGGCGCUGAUAUAAACGCGCCUGCAAGUCCAAAGUACGGGAGAACCGCUCUUCAAGCAGCGGCCCAGCGUGGUAACCCCCCUAUCGUCAACUUACUAUUACAACAUGGCGCAAACUGCAAUGAGCUGGCCGCAGAAUUCCAUGGCGCUACUGCACUCCAAUUUGCCGCGCUAGAGGGUAGGAUUUCUAUCGUGUUGCUACUCCUCCGGGCUGGAGCUGAAAUAAACGCGGCUCCAUCAAUAACAGGAGGGAGAACUGCCCUGGAAGCAGCAGCAGAGCACGGCCGUCUCGACGUAGUGUCAUUGCUUUUGAAAAACGAUACUGAUAUGGACGGGCUUAAUGCACGGUGUCAGAGGGCAGCGAAAUUGGCGGCAGCAAAUGAUCAUGUCAUUAUUUCAAGACUUCUGCGAGAGUACAAGCAAAAAGAUACAGAAUAG